CAUUGAUUACGACAGCCAAGUUACCGGAAGAGCAACUGGUGCGAGUUUAAAGCUAAUGGACGAGGAAGAGAUAUUUGUGUAGGAUUUAUUCGUGAGCUUACACAUAUACUCGUUAGUUUGUUACGUAGUCUGGCAGUUUGUUGAAUCAACAAGAUGCCUCUGUUCUCCCAAAAUCCAUUUGACCAAGAUGUCGAGAAGUCGACCAAUGAAACCAACACGACGGACGACUGGGGGCUCAUCAUGGACAUCUGCGAUAAGAUCGGAACGACAGCCAACGGACCGAAGGACAGCCUGAGAUCCAUCAUGAAGAGAGUCAACCACAAAGUGCCUCACGUGGCCAUGCAGGCCGUCAAUCUGCUCGGCGCUUGUGUGUCAAACUGCGGCAAAAUAUUCCACCUGGAAAUCUGCUCGAGGGAGUUUUCCAGUGAAGUGCGCAGCGUGUUGAGCAGAGCCCACCCGAAGGUGUGUGAGAAGCUGAAGGCUCUGAUGGUGGAGUGGGCAGAAGACUUCCAGAAGGACCCACAGCUCAGCUUGAUCAGCGCCACCAUCAAGUCUCUGAAGGAGGAGGGCAUCUGCUUCCCCAGCGCGUCCUCGCAGGGAUCCUCCACAAAGUUUGCCCCCCCUGCUGUUGUGAAAGAAUCGGAGGAUGACAGCCUCGCCAAAGCCAUCGAGCUGUCCUUACAGGAGCAGAAGCAGCAGGUGGAGACACGCCCUCUGGCCACGACCUCUGACCCCGGGGGGCAGGAGGCGCGGAAGGUGCGAGCGCUCUACGACUUCGAAGCAGCUGAAGAUAACGAGCUGACCUUCAAAGCCGGGGAGCUGAUUCUGGUUCUGGACGACAGCGAUCCAAACUGGUGGAAAGGAGAGAACCACCGAGGAGUCGGCCUCUACCCGUCCAACUUCGUCACCACCAAUCUGCACGCCGAGCCGGAGACAGUGGCCUUCGUUGAGAAGACCCCCACCCCCGAGGAGACGGUGCAGGAGGCCCACGAGGAGCCGGAGCCCGUCUGCAUCGACGAGGGGACGAUGGACAGGACUCUGGCUCUGCUGCAGGACGCCGACCCCGCCCACCCGGCGCCCGACUCGGCGGAGCUGAUCCAGCUGGAGGGUGCGUGUGAACAGAUGAACCCCAUGAUCGACGAGAGGCUGCAGGAGAUCGACAGGGAACACUCUGAGCUGUCGGAGCUGAACCUGAAGGUUCUGGAGGCGCUGGAGCUCUACAACCAGCUGGUGAACGAGGCGCCGCUCUACUCUGCGUACUCCAAGAGGCCGGCGCAGUACAACCCGGCCGGCGCGGUGCAGGGAUACCUGGGCCAGGUCGGCGGCCCCUACCUGCCUCCGGGGAUGCCUCAGGCCCCCCCUGCUCAGACCUACACUCUGCCCGGCGACCAGCCAGGACAGCUGCACUCGCUGCCCCCCAACGUCUCAGCCCUGCCCAACGGCCACGCCCCUCAGCUCCCAUACAUGAGCUCUGCUAUGAACACUCCGUACAUGAACCACGCUGCCGCAGCGCCCUACCACCACCAGGCUGCCGUGGACAUGUCCACCUAUCACGGCCCCGCCAUGCCUCCCACGUCCUACCCAGGACCCGCCCCCCCACACCAGGCUCCUCCCCCCCCGCAGCAGGCGGUGUACUACCAGCAGCCUCUGCUGUAAAACUGACAGAUGGAGACCAGCACACACUUCAGCUACUGUACGUGAAGCCAAAAACCCCCUCAGCGCCAUGAAUCUCCUCCUGCCCUCGGCGGCUUCUUUUCCCAGCCGACAGUGAAGGCAGCGCCGAUCUUCACAUAAGUCACAGUUAACCACAGAAGAAGAAGUUGGAGGAUUGUGUCAACAGUUUGUGAAUUGGGGUGGGGGGGUGGCGGGGGCAUGUUGGCUCACAGAUGACUAAGAAGAUGAAACGCUUCCCCCCCCCCCCCAGUAGGCACACUUUAUUAUUCAUGUUCCCCCGUUAACUAAACAUUUGUUUCACCUGUUUCCUCCUUUACUUUUGUCCACCCUCCUUUGUUAAGUGUGUGUGUGUGUGUGUGUGUGUGUGUGUGUGUGACACGCAUGUGAAGCUUUCUCCCAUGUGUGUAUGUUACGUGUUCAUGGUUAUUCCGUCAGUACCUUCCUGCCUCUUAUCUUCCUGCCUCUUAUCUUCUGUUAUGUCUGCACACUUAAGCUCUAACUCGACGAAGAGGUCGCCUCUACUUUGAUUUUUUAUAUAUAUAUAUAUAUAUAUAUAUAUAUAUAUAUAUAUUGAGACAUCACACAUGUAUGAUUGACAUGGCUAGAGAAUGUGUAAUUUCUUUUCUGCUUUAACUUUUAUUUUCCAGGUAAAAAUCUAGGUUGGGGACUUAAUUAUAAUUGCGCUUAUUAAAUCAAGGAUGCUCCUCAUAGACUUAUUAUUAUUAUUAUGUAUACUAGAUGUAAGAUAGUCGGUUGCACCUUAGCUUUGUAAAGUCUUCUCUACCACUGAGGCCUUGUUUCUUCUGUAGGAAUCAAAGAGCGAUGUGAACUUCACUCUGAGUCCGCUGGAUAUGUAUGAUUCUGUAUAUUUAAAAUAUUCCAGGAAAAACUCCUUUUAUCUAAAAUUUCAAAACACAAACAAUGCUUUUUUUUAACAGCAAAUGUAUAAUAGUCUUUGAAAUAAAAAUAAAUGUACCUGU